AUGACAAGCUUUUCCUUCUUCAAAUCACUUGUUUUCUUUCUUCUCACCCUUUCAGAUUCAUUUAUGCAAAUCAAUUCCCUAAGUUUUGGAAUAAACUAUGGACAAAUAGCAAACAACCUACCAUCUCCUUCUAGAGUAGCUCUUUUAAUAAGAUCAAUGAAUGUGACAAAAAUCAAACUCUAUGAUGCUGAUCCAAAUGUUCUACUUGCUUUCUCUCACUCAAAUGUUGAAUUUGUCAUAGGACUUGGAAAUGAGAAUCUACAAAACAUGACAAACCCUUCCAAAGCUCAAAAUUGGAUUCAACACCAUGUUCUACCUUACCUUUCACAAACCAAAAUAACUUCCAUAAAUGUUGGAAAUGAAGUUUUCAAUAGCAACAAUACUCAAUUGAUGUUAAAUCUUUUACCUUCAAUGCGAAAUGUACAUACCGCCCUUGUUAAUCUCGGGUUAGACCGUUUAAUUAGCGUCGCAACGGCUUUUUCUUUCAACAAUUUGGAAAAUUCUUACCCUCCUUCAUCAGGUUCUUUUAAAGAAGAAUUGAUUCAAUAUAUUCAACCAUUAGUCGAAUUUCUCGACGAAAUUAAUUCACCUUUUCUUAUUAAUGCUUACCCUUUUUUUGCAUACAAAGAUAACCCUAAUGAGAUAGCUUUGAAUUAUGCACUUUUUCAACCUAAUCAAGGCUUGGUUGAUCCAAAUACAAAUUUACAUUAUGAUAACAUGUUGUAUGCACAAAUUGAUGCUGUUUAUGCUGCAAUCAAAGUGCUAGGGUUUGUGAAUAUUGAAGUUAGGGUUUCUGAGACUGAUUGGCCUUCUAAGGGUGAUUCUGAUGAAAUUGGAGCUACAAUAGAGAAUGCGAAAUUGUAUAAUGGAAAUUUGCUGAGAAGAAUUGAAGAAAAACAAGGAACUCCUGGGAAGCCAUUGGUGCCAAUUGAUGUAUAUGUUUUUGCACUUUUUAAUGAAGAUUUGAAAAAUGACCCUACCUCAGAAAGAAACUAUGGUCUUUAUUAUCCAGAUGGUAGCCCUGUUUAUAAUAUUGGAUUGCAAGGUUAUCUUCCUCAAAUGGUUCUUCCAUCCAAAUCUAAUGUUCUGUCAUUCAAUUUUCAUGUAUGGAUAAUAGUUACAUACUUGAUCUUUGCUUGGGAGCUUUCAAGAUUGGAAGCAUGGGAAAUUCUAUAA